AAAUAAACCUCUUUUCUUCUUCAUCUUCUCGACCACGUCAGAUUUGAGCAUCAAACAAAGCACACAAAUCCCCAAGAAGCUUCGUUUUGGAAUCAAACGAUCUGGUUUUUCGGAUUUGGUAUUGGAGCAAUGGCUUUGGUGACUCCAAUUCCAGCAAUGGGUGAAAGAGCUGGAUCCAUGAGAUUUCACGGAAUUGGUAGCCCAGGAUCAAGGUCUAGUAGGAGCGGGAUUAUGGACGAACCUGUUUCGCGCCUGAUUGAGGAGAAAAUCUUCGUUGCUGUGGAUAAACACGUGGCCAAGAGCAAGUCUACACUCAUUUGGGCUUUGCAAAACACUGGCGGCAAGAAGAUUUGCCUUAUUCAUGUUCAUCAGCCCUCCCAAAUGAUUCCAGUUAUGGGCGCCAAAUUUCCAGUUGGUGCUGUCAAGGAGGAAGAAAGAGGGGUCAGGGCAGAAAAGAUGUUUAUUGAAAUGGAGUCCAUCGAGAAUGGAAUUGUGCAGCUGAUCUCGGAGCUGGGAAUCAGGAAGCUUGUCAUGGGAGCAGCAGCAGAUAGACACUAUUCAAGGAGAAUGACGGAUCUGAAGUCCAGGAAAGCCAUCUUCGUACGCCGAGAAGCACCUACUCUUUGUCAAAUAUGGUUUACUUGCAAAGGAUAUUUGAUACAUACAAGGGAAGCUACUAUGGACGACACUGAGUCAGAAUAUGCAUCUCCGCGUCCUUCCAUAAGUGCAAGUGAUCUACUUCAAACUUUCUCUACACCGGAGUCUGAACAUCAGCAUAUAUCUCGAGUACAGAGCACCGAUUCAGUUCAUCAAUUAGUAAGCAAUGGAAGUUCAACUGAACACAGCGGGAGGGUGUCGGAUGGGUCUUUAAAUACUGAUGAGGAGGAGAGAGAAUCUAGUGGCAGUGAAGUAACGGGAAGUGCAACAGUUAUGAGUUCUGGCCAUUCAUCUCCCUCCAAUUUUCCGGAUGGGGUGGAUGAUUCAUUUAACGAUAAAAUCCGAAAAGCCACGUCAGAGGCUCACAGUUCAAAACAAGAAGCUUUUGCAGAGACUCUUAGGCGUCAGAAAGCUGAAAAAAACGCACUUGAUGCAAUCAGAAGGGCUAAACAAUCAGAAAGUGCCUAUUCUGAGGAGUUGAAGCGAAGGAAAGAUAUGGAGAUAGCAGUAGCGAAAGAGAAAGAGAGAUUUAUAACAAUAAAAAAUGAGCAAGAGGUAAUCAUGGAGGAACUUCAAAGUGCAAUGGAUCAGAAAGCGAUGCUUGAGAGCCAAAUAGCAGAAUCUGAUGGUACAAUGGAAAAGCUAAACCAGAAGCUUGAUAUAGCUGUGAAGUUGUUGCAAAAGUUGAGGGAUGAACGAGAGGAGUUGCAGACAGAACGUGACAGAGCACUCAGAGAAGCUGAGGAGCUAAGGAGUCGCGCAGAAACCUCAACCCUACAGUUACCUCAGUACUUCACGGAUUUCUCAUUCUCCGAGAUUGAGGAAGCAACUAAUCACUUUGAUUCGACCCUGAAGAUUGGGGAAGGUGGAUAUGGAAGCAUCUACAUUGGUUUACUGCGUCAUACUCAGGUGGCUAUAAAAAUGUUGAAUCCUAACAGUUCGCAAGGCCCUGUAGAAUAUCAACAGGAGGUUGAUGUGCUAAGUAAAAUGAGGCAUCCAAAUAUCAUUACGUUAAUUGGAGCAUGUCCAGAGGGGUGGAGUCUUGUCUAUGAGUAUCUUCCGGAUGGAAGCCUUGAAGACAGACUUAAUUGCAAGGACAACUCUCCACCCUUGUCGUGGCAAAAUCGUGUACGCAUUGCCACUGAGAUAUGCGCAGCACUAGUCUUUCUUCAUUCCAAUAAAGCUCAUAGCUUAGUACAUGGUGAUUUGAAGCCAGCAAAUAUCCUUCUUGAUUCCAAUCUCGUUAGCAAGUUAAGUGACUUUGGGACCUGCUCACUACAUCAUCGUAAUGGAAGCAAAAGUGUGAGAACUGAUGUCACAGGCACAGUUGCCUAUUUGGAUCCAGAAGCUUCCAGUAGUGGAGAGCUAACUCCGAAGUCAGAUGUUUACUCGUUUGGGAUUAUCUUAUUGCGCUUGUUGACCGGGAGACCUGCCUUACGGAUAUCAAACGAAGUGAAGUAUGCCCUCGAUAAUGGAACAUUGAACGACCUCUUGGACCCUUUAGCAGGGGACUGGCCCUUUGUUCAGGCUGAGCAGCUUGCUCGCUUGGCAUUGAGAUGCUGCGAGACUGUCAGCGAGAAUCGUCCGGAUCUUGGAACUGAAGUGUGGAGGGUACUUGAACCUAUGAGGGCUUCUAGUGGAGGAUCUUCAUCUUUCCAUCUCGGCCGUAACGAGCACCGCAUAGCCCCUCCAUACUUCAUUUGCCCCAUUUUCCAGGAAGUCAUGCAGGAUCCACACGUGGCUGCAGACGGUUUCACAUACGAAGCAGAGGCUAUAAGAGCGUGGCUGGACAGUGAACAUGAUACUUCACCAAUGACCAAUGUCAAGCUUUCUCACACCAGCCUAAUCGCUAACCAUGCUCUUCGUUCUGCGAUUCAAGAGUGGCUUCAACAUCAUUUGUGAAAAUAAAAUCCUUCAAACCCU